AAGACCGUUUUAAGAGAUAUGUCUGUCAAAAGCUUCGUUGAUAACGAGAUCGCGACCAACAAGGUUGUACUGUUUGGCAAAUCCUACUGUCCUCACUGCAAGAAGGCAAAGGAGGCCUUCGCUUCAAUCGACGUUACUCCUAAGGUUAUCGAGCUCGAUGAACGUGAAGACUGCUCUGACAUUCAAGACUACUUAGGUCAGCUCACUGGUGCUCGCAGUGUACCUCGUGUGUUUGUAAAUGGUAAAUUCAUUGGAGGCGGUGAUGACACCGUGGCCAAGGUGAAGAGUGGAGAGUUCAAAACGUUAGUCCAGGCAUAAUCCUACUUAACUAACUGCCUUCGGACUGUAGAUAUGCAUAUGGGUGCUUAAAAAGGCGCUUAGUGUAUCCGUUAAUGUCUGAGACACUAGAGUUUGGUUGCUUAUG